CUUUGUUUCUAAAUUCCUAUGGUACUAGAUACUAUAUGUGUGUCAUGACUCGCCGUGAAGCGGUCCUCCCCUGUGCCCCUCAAAUCCAACAGGAUAUAUAUAGUACAGUAGCCGCUGGCGUCCCGAUAGUAUCAACUGCCACUGUUCUCCCGUCGUUCAUCUAGAGAGAUCCCCUUUAUUCCUCAAAAUAGACUCAUCAUCGCAGCAGCUAAAAUGGAUAAAAGUACACAAGACCCUAAUCCAUUCGAUCAGCUGAUUAUAGAAUGUCAGGAUGAUACUACACAAAUCCACGCUCGAUACGAAACGCAUAGAACCAACAGAAAUGCACAAUACAGGACGAAACUACUCAGCCCUGAUUUCCCAGGGUGGCAGAUCGAUGAGAUCCUAGGGAAGUUGCACAGACAGCCAACGGACCCUCCUUUCGUCGAUCCCCGGCACAAUCUCACGCUCUACGCUCGACCCCCGCAGCAUAUUCGCGAUUUGGUCGCCGAGAUCCAGCGGGACAUCGAGGAUGUUGCUCCAAGCAUCUGGUUCACACCGUCGAGCCAACUGCACAUGACGACGCUGGAGAUCGCUAGCUGCCGCCCUCAGCUGGAAGUCGAGGAGUUGGUCUCUCAUCUCCAAGGCCAUGGCAUUGUGCCAGACCUGGCGGAUUACACCUUCCAUCAUCGGACGCGUCUGGUCAAGCCGAUGAUCAGCUACGACGCGACUGCGAUGGCGCUGAGCUUUCUUCCCGCAACCGGACUGGAGACAGAUACAGUCCAAAAUGGGAAAGAUGGUGGUUACACAUAUCACCAUCUGCGACGUGAUGUAUCUGAAAUGGUCACCGCGACAGGGUUGCGGAUGAAGCCAAGGUACAUUGCUCUCUCUGCGCAUAUUACGAUCGCACGCUUUAUCACCCAGGACGGGUUUCUGGUAAAGAGUCCAGGGCAAGAGGGGGCUGAGAGGGUAGAUGGUGAGCGAGUGGCUGCACUGGUAGAAAGGGUGGAGAAGAUCAAUGAGAGGCUCCGGGAGAAAUAUUGGCCUGGAGAAGAUGCGGUCAUGUCUGCAAAGGGGGAGUGGCUUGUUGGGCAAGAGAGAGGCUUGGAAUUCUGUAAAGGAACAUCAUUCUAUGGGGGAGGCGAAGACGUCCUGACCGGCAAGGGGUUCGUUCCUCUAAGACUCUGGAUUAAUCCGGGGAAUACAAAGUGUUAGCCUCAAAGAAGUUAAGAAC